AAGUAGAGCGGCGCACUUCUCGCGAGGCUGAGGCAGGGCUGGGCCCGACAUGGCGGAAGAGGAGGUGGCCAAGUUGGAGAAGCACUUGAUGCUUCUCCGACAGGAGUAUGUCAAGCUGCAGAAGAAAUUGGCUGAGACAGAGAAGAGAUGCACCCUUUUGGCUGCGCAGGCAAACAAGGAAAGCAGCAAAGAGUCCUUCAUCAGCCGCCUGCUGACGAUUGUGGCCGACCUCUACGAGCAGGAACAGUAUAGUGAUCUGAAGAUAAAGGUUGGGGGCAGGCACAUCAAUGCUCACAAGUUUGUCCUGGCGGCCCGCAGUGACAGCUGGAGUCUGGCCAGUUUGUCUUCCACCGAGGAGCUGGACCUGUCAGAUGCUGACCCUGAGGUGACAGUGACAAUGCUUCGCUGGAUCUAUACGGACGAGUUGGAGUUCAGAGAAGACGACGUGUUCCUGACUGAGCUGAUGAAACUAGCUAAUCGGUUUCAGCUACAGCUCCUUAGGGAGAGAUGUGAGAAGGGAGUGAUGUCCCUGGUGAAUGUCAGGAACUGUAUCCGCUUCUAUCAGACUGCGGAGGAACUGAAUGCCAGCACGCUGAUGAACUACUGUGCAGAAAUUAUUGCAAGUCAUUGGGAUGACUUACGAAAGGAGGACUUCAGCAGCAUGAGUGCUCAGUUGUUAUACAAAAUGAUCAAGUCCAAGACUGAGUACCCAUUACAUAAAGCUAUCAAAGUGGAGAGAGAAGAUGUGGUCUUCCUUUAUCUAAUUGAAAUGGAUUCACAGCUCCCUGGGAAGCUGAAUGAGUUGGAUCAUAAUGGAGAUCUUGCUUUAGAUCUAGCCCUUUCACGACGACUAGAGAGUAUCGCCACCACUCUGGUUAGUCACAAAGCUGACGUGGACAUGGUGGACAAGAAUGGCUGGAGCUUGUUACAUAAAGGCAUCCAAAGAGGAGAUCUCUUUGCUGCCACUUUCCUCAUUAAGAACGGGGCCCUCGUCAAUGCUGCUACACUGGGUGCCCAGGAGACACCGUUGCACCUUGUAGCAUCAUACAGUUCAAAAAAACACUCAGCAGGUGUGAUGUCCGAGAUGGCACAGAUUGCAGAGGCCCUCCUUCAGGCUAGCGCCAACCCCAACAUGCAGGACAGCAAGGGCAGGUCUCCCUUACACUUGUCCAUCAUGGCCAGGAAUGAAUACGUGUUCAACCAGUUGCUGCAGUGUAAACAAUUAGAUUUAGAGCUGAAAGACCAUGAGGGCAGCACAGCUCUGUGGCUUGCCGUGCAGUACAUCACUGUGUCUUCCGACCAGUCCGUAAAUCCCUUUGAAGACCUCCCUGUGGUAAAUGGGACUUCAUUUGAUGAAAAUAGUUUUGCAGCCAGACUCAUUCAGCGUGGCAGCAACACCAAUGCACCUGAUACAAUAACAGGAACUUGCUUACUGCAGCGGGCAGCUGAAGCAGGGAACGAGGCAGCCGCUCUUUUCCUGGCAACCAGUGGUGCCCACGUCAACCACAGAAACAAGUGGGGAGAAACCCCGUUGCACACGGCCUGUCGGCAUGGCCUGGCCAACCUCACUGCAGAGCUUCUGCAGCAGGGAGCCAACCCAAACCUGCAGACGGAGGAGGCCCUGCCUUCACCAAAGCAGCCUGCAUCCUUGCCCAGCUCAGCGGACAGCAGCGUCUACCUGCAGACACCACUGCACAUGGCGAUUGCCUAUAAUCAUCCAGAUGUGGUGUCUGUCAUCCUGGAGCAAAAAGCUAAUGCUCUUCAUGCCACCAACAACCUGCAAAUUAUUCCAGACUUCAGCCUCAAGGAUUCCCGAGACCAAACUGUGCUGGGCCUGGCAUUAUGGACUGGCAUGCACACGAUCGCAGCCCAGCUGCUGGGCUCCGGGGCUUGCAUCAAUGACACCAUGUCAGACGGGCAGACCUUGCUGCACAUGGCCAUGCAGCGUCAGGACAGCAAGAGCGCGCUCUUUCUGCUGGAGCACCAGGCGGACAUAAACAUCAGCAGGACUCAGGAUGGGGAGACAGCUCUUCAGCUGGCCAUCAGAAAUCAGCUUCCCCUUGUCGUGGAUGCCAUAUGCACCCGAGGAGCUGACAUGUCUGUGCCAGAUGAGAAGGGGAACCCCCCACUGUGGCUUGCGCUGGCAAAUGAUCUGGAGGACAUCGCAUCCACUCUGGUCAGACAUGGCUGUGACUCCACGUGCUGGGGCCCAGGACCUAGUGGGUGCCUUCAGACACUGCUGCACAGAGCCAUUGAUGGAAACAACGAGUCUAUCGCCUGCUUUCUUAUUCGCAGUGGCUGCGAUGUGAAUAGUCCCAGACAACCUGGUGCUAAUGGAGAAGGAGAGGAAGAGGCCAGAGAUGGGCAGACCCCCUUGCAUUUGGCAGCCUCCUGGGGGCUGGAAGAGACGAUACAGUGUCUUCUGGAGUUUGGUGCCAAUGUAAAUGCACAGGAUGCAGAAGGAAGAACGCCUGUCCAUGUGGCCAUCAGCAACCAACACGGCGUCAUCAUUCAGCUGCUGAUUUCCCACCCUGACAUCCACCUGAAUGUCCGAGACAGGCAGGGCCUGACCCCCUUUGCCUGUGCCAUGACCUACAAGAACAACAAGGCGGCCGAGGCCAUCCUGAAACGAGAGUCCGGGGCUGCUGAGCAGGUGGAUAACAAGGGCCGGAAUUUUCUUCACGUGGCAGUUCAGAACUCUGAUAUCGAAAGUGUGCUGUUCCUGAUCAGUGUCCAGGCUAACGUGAAUUCCAGAGUCCAGGAUGCUUCCAAGUUGACCCCUUUGCACCUUUCUGUCCAAGCAGGCUCAGAGAUUAUUGUCCGCAAUUUGCUUCUUGCAGGAGCCAAAGUGAAUGAAUUAACCAAGCACCGCCAGACCGCCCUCCAUCUUGCUGCCCAGCAGGACCUGCCCACCAUUUGCUCAGUCCUCUUGGAGAAUGGAGUGGACUUUGCUGCUGUGGAUGAGAAUGGAAAUAAUGCUCUUCAUCUCGCUGUCAUGCAUGGCCGGCUCAACAACAUCCGGGUCCUCCUGACAGAGUGCACCGUGGAUGCUGAAGCCUUUAAUCUACGAGGCCAGUCGCCACUGCACAUUUUGGGACAAUAUGGCAAGGAGAACGCAGCAGCCAUCUUUGAUCUCUUCUUAGAGUGCAUGCCUGAGUAUCCUCUGGAUAAACCAGAUGCAGAAGGAAACACAGUGCUGCUCUUGGCAUACAUGAAAGGGAAUGCCAACUUGUGCCGUGCCAUCGUCCGCUCGGGUGCUCGCCUGGGGGUGAACAACAACCAAGGGGUCAACAUCUUCAACUACCAGGUUGCCACCAAGCAGCUGCUGUUUAGACUCUUAGAUAUGCUGUCCAAGGAGCCUCCGUGGUGUGACGGCUCCAAUUGCUAUGAGUGCACUGCCAAGUUUGGAGUCACAACUCGCAAACAUCACUGUCGUCACUGCGGACGUCUUCUUUGCCAUAAAUGCUCGACCAAGGAGAUUCCUAUUAUAAAGUUUGAUCUGAACAAGCCUGUGCGAGUUUGCAACAUUUGCUUUGAUGUACUGACUUUGGGUGGGGUCUCUUAGUGAGCCCCCGGGAAGGUCCAGGCUACAUCCUCGGUUGCCUCCCCAGCAGCUGCUCUGCUCACCAGCCUGACCCCCCCCAACCCCCCCACCCCCGAGAGCAGGAGCUGGCAGUUGUCUUCUUGCGGCAAUAGACUGGAACAAUUAAGGACCAUGGUGUGAUAGAUCCCACCUCAAAUGAUUCUGUAUGAUUGUCAGUUUAUCAGACUGUGAUCAAGGUCACUAGAUGUCUCACUAAUUGGACCAGGUCUUUUAGCCUAUAAGUGGUAAAUGUGAUAGGAAUUAGACCCCAUUCUGCUAGCAAUGUACAAGGAUGCUUCGAAAACCAUUUUCCCUUCCAGUAGCUUAGUGUCCAUCUCAGAGCAUUCAUGAAGUCUUCCUGACUGGGCGGACUUCCUAGGCAGAGCCUAACCGUAGGAAGCUGGCAUCUGGCUGCACGACAAGAGCUGGCUUUACUCUAGGGUAAGUGGCUGUGGACUUUUCUGCACAGUGUUUUCAUAAAGGUAAUAGGAUCCUCUUGCCCUGAAAUCUCUCUCUCUCUCUCUCUCUCUUUUUUUUUGGGAAAAGCUAAGCUGUAUUUUUAGUGAAUUACCCCUUUAAAAAAGGUGAAAUCUUUCUAAGCAGGGUUCAAAGAUGAGAGCUGAAAAAUUGUGGCCUUAACAACUGAAAGCUUUACCAGUAUUCAUGCUACUCGGGUGUCAGGAUUGCGGUGUGGCAGCUUGACACCUCCUAGCAGCCGUCUUGUUCUCUCAUCUUGCUGUGUCCUGUCUAUGGAGUCCUCAGUCACCUGCCACUAGGCAGUGGUGGAGAAAAUGCACUUUUAUUGUGCUGCACUUUUUAUAUAGCUGCAUUAUUGGUGAUUCCAAUUUAAAAAUCCAUAUUCAAAAGUACCCUCACAGGGCCUCCCUGGUGGCGCAGUGGUUAAGAGUCCGCCUGCCGAUGCAGGGGAUACGGGUUCGUGCCCCGGUCUGGGAGGAUCCCAUAUGCCGCGGAGCGGCUGAGCCCGUGAGCCAUGGCCGCUGGGCCUGCGCAUCCGGAGCCUGUGCUCCGCAACGGGAGAGGCCACAACAGUGAGAGGCCCACAUACCGCAAAAAGGAAAAAAAAAAAAAAAAAAAAAAAAAAAAAGUACCCUCACACAUCCGUGCAUCAGCGAUUCUCAUGAUCGGCUUUGACUGGACCUCAGCUCACACUAAGUCUUAAAGGGAAAACUCCUGCGGAGUGUCAUUUGGAGCAGGAGAGUGACAUGGGCCAAGUGAGGGGAAGGGGAAUCUCCAGCCUCAGGCUGGCAGGUCCCAUCCCCUUGACAUGAGUGCUUCUUGCUGAAACCUUUGCAGUUAUGUUGUGAGUGCUUCCGUCCCAGGUCCCUGGUCCCAGGUCCUUGCCCCAUAAAAGCCAGCAGCCAAAGGCCCUGGCCAAGCGUAUGUGACCCCAUCUUGGAAGGCUCGCUCGUGUGCUGAAUGAGGCCCCCAGAGCCUACCAGGCCUUAGUCGCUGCUAGUACAUGCAUUAAUCCUGAAGUGUUAAACUUCUUUUCUUUUGAAGGUUUGGCCAGUUUUUUUUUAAAUGCACAUUUAAAGAGAAAGUCUACCACUGCUUUAAAAACAAAACAAAACAAAACUCUGAGAUGAACAAUAUGUGUUGUACAGCUAUACUCAGAGAUUAACAAUCUCAAUCAUACAUACUGUUUUUUUCAGACAUUUAACCACUACAUUUUUUUGUAUUAAUGAAGUAUGGAUAUAUGUGUAAAAGGGACUAAAUAUUUUUUUGCAGCAGCCUGUUGUUUUGUUUGGAUAGUGGUAUGUCCUCCGUGUUGCUGUAGAUUUAUACAUCCUACUGCCUAAAUAUGUGUGUAAAAUGAGCUGAUAAACAAGAGUGCUACUUUUUUUUUUUACAUUUCUGUGGAUUUAUAAGAUAUAUAUGCUUUCUAUAUUAAUAUGAGCUUGUGCACAAUGUUUCAAAGAAAAAAUUAAUUAGAAGAGUUCCCCUGUCCCCUAAAGUCUGUGACAUAUUUCAGAUAGAAUUUUUAUAGGAAAACAGCUAGUCUUGGCAAACACCUGACCACGUGAAGCAUGUGGUCAGUUUCCAUUUUCUGUUGCCUGAACAGGGCCUGAGGAAGUAGGCCUUAGUUAGGUGGCUUGAUUCUUUAAUUGGAAAGUAAGAUAAUUACGCUUCAGAUAUGAAUUGAGGUCAUCAGUACUUUUAUACCUGUUCUUUUAACGUUCAUGGUAGAGAGAGGAGGACGGGAAUUCAAUCAGGGAUGAGGUUGAUUGUCCUGCCCCUGCCCUACUAUAUCAAUUUCAAUAACACUCUAAUUUCACUUAAAAAUCUUAAAAUCAUGUUUGAAAUAGUUGAGUCAAGCUUCUUUUUCUUCACAGAGUCCAGGGAUAGCAAUGGUACUUAGCUGCCACAAGUUGGAGGAACAUUUUGUGAGUUCUGCAUUGGCUUCAGGUAGAUCUUGUAGAUCUAGAAAAAGCACCUUUCCACAGUCUUAGGCUCUCCCUGCCGUGCCGAUGCUUACGGGGCUGUGUCUCAGGUUCCCUGAGUGGUGGCUGACCUGGGGGGACUUGACAUGCUCCCAGUCCCCUUUGUGCUCUCCAAGCCGUCAAACUUGACUCUAGAACUGCCUGGUUGUUCUUGUUACAUUUUAGUCCAUAGCUUACAUACUAAUAGAAAAAACUCAAUUUUAUUCAUUCAGAAAGUUGCCAACUGUGAAUGAGUAGAGCAGGAAGAAUAAACUUUAUUGAAAUAUAAUUUGCUGAAUCAGUCAACAUUGUUACGCUAAAUUAGCUUUUUAACUGCCUCAUGCUCAUCACCAGAUUUAUGAUACAGUGUGUUCUUAACAGUCCUUUCUUUUUUUUUUUUAAAAGAUGAAGGUACAAACCAUGUGCUCUAUAUAUAAAUGGAAUGGCUAAAACUAACUUGCUAUGAUCCUCGAACACAGGAAUUUCCCACAAACUUAAGUGCCUACACUUAGGACUUCUUAAUUUUCAGUUAUCUUUUUAGUGGUCUCACUGAAUGAUGUAUUAGAAUAUGUGUUCCGUUUGGAGUUUGUUGCCUGUGCAUUGUCAACCCCAGUUACCAACUUAGUCGAGGCUGGAUUAGGUUGUUCAGUUCACCUGCCAUAUUCUCUCCAGGAGUGGGGUCCACAUGACCACUAGUCCUCUACCUCAGAGCCCUGAGUUAUGUGUGACCGCCCUGUUCAGCUCUCCUCUCUCCUCUCCCUGAAUGGGGUCCCUGCGUGGAACUCAGCGUGCUUGUGGGUUCCCACCACUCCCGGUUCACGUCUCCCACUUGUUGUAUUGAACGGUAUUGUGCUAAUCUUAUCUGUAGGCAUGAAGUGGAGGAAAAGCCUUGGGACGGGGGAGAACCUUGAUCUCCAUCUAGGUUUCUUUUUAAUCUGGAGAAAAAGCCCUAUUGAACUAUGUAAUGCUUAGAUCUGAAAGGCAAACUAACUCCCCAGGUGACAGCAUGAGCAAGUAAAUAUAACGCUUCCAUGACAGCCCCGCACGGAGCUUGCAGGUUGAGACUGAGAGAGAGCUCCUGAAACAAGCUUUCUUCCAGGACCUGGGACUGCUUCCCUCAGGACCAGGCCCAGCAGAACUGGGCACUGGGCUGCCAAGACCAGCCCCUCCUAAUCUGAAGCACCAAAGCUCCCCAGCCCCACUGGGGAGAGGAGGAAGCCAAGGACAAAUAACUUUCUAAAGGGUUUGGAAGCCACAUUCUCAUUUUGUGGAAGUAAUUUAGUGCAGAGCUGAUGAUUUGACUAAACACUUAUUAAAUUUCCAGAAGUUAUCAUAGAUGCCUUAAAGAUUUUCCUUGGAAGAUCAUUGCCUGUACGGUUACUCUUUUGUGUGGCAUAAAUAAUAUAUUAACCUGUUACAACCGACAACGUUGGUUUUCUGUAGCUAGGGAGUCUUGAGUUGGCAGCCUGCUCAGCUUAAUGACUUAAUGUCCUUUUUUGGCAGAUGUGUGGAGUUGGCUGUUACCAUGACAUACCUGUGUGCUAUACCCAGGGGGAGGGCUGGGCCGAAACUGCAGGCACACAUUUGGGUUGAUCACCUUGGCUUCCAAGCCAUUCCGGGUGGUGCUCGGUGUGGGGCGAGAGCAUCAUAUAGGACCAUGGCGCUUAGCGGCAUUGUUUCUUUGGAGUCCGUGUAAUGGAAUGUAUUUUUCAAAUAUUGAUAUUUGCAUUUUCUGUAACAUUUCCAUAUAAAUAAAAUGAGGUAAAAUUGUACAUUUAAAGUGGAAACCUUAAUAACACAUUUGUAGUUCCU